AUUUCCUAACACUGCAGACUGUCAGCAGCAGCAGAGACUAGAGGAGGGCACAGAGAAAACGUGACACAGGAGAACAUGGGCGGAGUGGAAUAAAAACAGCCCUCUGAGUGAAGUCAGACAGAGUAGAGUAACUUAGCUGCUGUUUGUUGUUGUGAACAGAAAGUUUGUAGCUAGUUGUAGGUAGUUACUUAUAGUCUUCUGUCAGCAGCUGCUGAACACUGCUGUGAGUGAGGAGCCCCUCUGUUUGUUUAACGAGUUAACUCUAUAAAUGACCGAGAAAACCCGCUGAGAACUGAAGCAAAGCUCAUGGAGUCCGAGCCGUUGCUGACCGGGAGUAUAAACCGGGGCUCUGUAGAUUAUGGGUCUCGACACAACAGUCGUUCAGACGCGGAGUCUCCGGUAACGCGACCAGCCUCGUAUUCAGGCUCUGAACAGGAGCAUGAUGGGGAUCUCUAUAUCCAGCAAGCGGUUGUAUUUAUAGAAGAUGCCAUUCAGUAUCGGUCCAUCAAUCACAAGGUUGACUCUGGAUCUUUACGGUUGUACAGAUGGUACUACUCCAGGAUAUGUCAGUGGGGUCUCGGUUUAACUAUUGCUGUGAUCCUGGCUCUGGCCUUUGUGGAGAAACCCUCCUCAGUCACUCACACAUCAGACCCUCGCUUCAGACCUGCAGCGUGGGAGCCCCCCUGUGGACUGACUGAGGCUAUAGAGCUGGUCUGCCUCCUCAUCUUCAUCACGGAUGUUGCUGUCAAGAGUCAUCUGAUUGGCUGGGAGGAAUUCUGCACAAACAAAUGGCUGAUUGGCUAUGUGUUAGUAAUCGCAGCCUCAGUCGUUGAUUGGACGAUCACUGUUUCAAUGCUGUGUAAUGAGACCAUACGAGUUAGAAGAUUGCUUCGCCCAUUUUUCCUCUUGCAAAACUCGUCCUUAAUGAAGAAAACUCUAAAAUGUAUCAAGAGGACUCUCCCAGAGAUAGCAAGUGUGAUCCUGCUGCUGGCACUGCACCUGUGUUUAUUUACCAUGGUUGGAAUGCUGAUCUUUCCCAAAUCAGAGGAACCAGAGAAGAAUGGGGAAUGGCAGGCUUACUUCAGAAACCUGCCACAAGCCUUAUCCUCUCUGCUUGUGCUGCUCACAACAGCUAAUAAUCCAGAUGUGAUGGUUCCUGCAUACUCUUUGAACCGAGGCUAUGCUUUAUUUUUUAUACUUUUUAGCGUGUGUGGAACGUACAUCUUGAUGAAUUUACUCACUGCUAUUAUAUACAAUCAGUUCAGGGGAUAUCUCCUGAUGUCAGUGAAGACGUCUGUAAUAAGGAGGCGGUUGGGAAUCCGGGCAGCGUUUGAGGUGCUGUGUUGUCAGGUCCAGGGCCACAGCAUUGACUCUGAGGGCCACGUAGGGAAAGUGCGAGUGGACACUGUGCUGGAAGUCAUGAGUCGAGUUCAGAUGAAGUCUUACUAUAGACAAGCUGUUGUUACGGCUGCUCGACAGUUCUCAGCUGGUUUUAUGGAUGGUGAAGCUUUUCAGAGGCUGUUUGAUGAACUGGACAAGGAUCGUAUCAAAGAGCACCCACCAAAUCCACAGUACAGCUCACCAUUUCUGCAGUGGAUCCAGAACACCUGCAGCCAUUACUACCUCACUGUGGUGGGAAAUGUGGUAGCCCUGGCUAAUGUCAUCUGCAUCUGUACGGUUUUGGUUCUGGAUUCAGAAAAGACUGUAUCUCAGAGGGAUGACUACUACAUGGAGGUCAUCAAUUGUGCUUUUAUCCUCUACUACCUAUUAGAGAUGGUGCUCAAGCUGAUUGCCUUUGGUUGGAGAGGUUACCUCUCUUAUAAAAAUAACAUCUUUGAUGGAGUCUUCACUGUACUUCUGCUGGUUCUUCAGAUUGCUAUUGUUGCCACUUACAAAAUUCCCUAUCAGGCAUCGUCUCCGGCUCAGCGGGGAGUGAUGUCACUGUGGGAGAUGGUGCGACUCGCCAACAUGCUGAUUGUUUUCCGCUUCCUCAGGAUCAUUCCUGAAAUCAAGUUGAUGGCUUUGGUGGCCAGUACUCUUGUGGACCUUGUGAAAAACCUACGGGCUUUUGCUGGCAUUCUGGUGGUGGUGUACUAUGUGUAUGCUGUUAUUGGGAUCUGGCUGUUCCAUGGAGCCAUUCGUCCCCCUGGGAGCCCAAGCACUGUCUCCAAUUCAAGUACUGAGAACCGUACGUCCAACUACACCAUGGAGUGUGGCUCCUAUGAACAGCUGGAGUACUGGCCCAACAACUUUGAUGACUUUGCUUCAUCUCUAGUCCUGCUUUAUGAUGUUAUGGUGGUGAAUAACUGGCAGGUCUUCAUGGAUGCCUACACUAGAUACACCACAGAGUGGUCCAAAGUGUAUUUUGUAUCCUGGUGGCUCACUUCUUCUGUCAUGUGGGUCAAUCUGUUUGUGGCGCUCAUUUUGGAGAAUUUCACCUACAAAUGGGAUAAGAGUCAUGCGUUAAGUGUGUCUGAUGUGGAGAGGAUGCGUUAUGAGACCACAGUGCAGCGGAUGUUCAGAGAGCACAUCCAAGAGCCAACUCAGGAGGAGUUACUGGUUCAACUUCAACAUCACCCACAUCUCCACCUCACCCGGUGACCCUGAGCCCACCGCACACGCCACAACUCUCCACCACAUCUCUCUCUAACAGACACUCGUUUACAUUUCUGUGGGCCAUCCUGGGCCUGUGUGAAGUGUUUGUUUUUUUUGUGGAAAAUAUGGUGAUUUGGACCCAUCGUGGGUCAGAGAUUGCUGCUGUGAGUUUAAUCUGUACAGACAUUUGUUUUAUCAUAUUAUUUUAUUUUAUAUUUUUAUCAUGGUUUAAAUGUGCAAGGACCUGAAAGAUGAAUCCAUAUGCUGCUGAAUUUUUUAAAAACUUUUAAUGCUGAACAUUUUUGGACUGAAAUCGGGAGAUGCGGAUGCUGUGUGGAAAAUCGCUGUUUCAACCCAAAGUCCUGCCUGUUUUUUUUUUUCCUAUUUAUUUUUAAUGCUUUUAGUAUAGAAUUUAUUCAUAACACUUUAUAGUAAGGGUCCAUUUAAUUAACAAUGUUUAUCAUUGAAUGUAAUUUUUUUUGGACAAUAGUUAACAUAUUUAAUAAUCAUUACAAUUCAAUGUUAUUCACAACAUUCUUAAACAUUUUUAUGUUAAUGAUGUCUUAACUAAUAAAAAUAAUAAUAACUAUUAUUUUAGACAUAAAAUAAAUAAAUGUUAUUUAAUUAACAUUUAACUUAUUUAAGCACUGUGAUUUGUGACCCUUAUUCUAAAGUGUUGCUAAUUCAUUUAAACAUUUUCCAUUUACCUCUCUCUCCAGAGCUAAAUGUAUAGAUAUUGAAAGUGAAAUGAGCAAAUGCAGAAUUUGUCAGAUUUUGUUGGAAGCCUGGGUUCUUCUGAGUUCUGACAAAACAGUGUAAUUCACAGAGAACCUCGUUAAGGUCAUGAACAUCAUGCUGACUAUUGUCUGAACUGUCAUUUGCAAAUGUUUGCCAUUUGAGUGUCUCCUAAAGCUCUGUUUAAGUGUUUCUAGAGCCGUACCUCACACUCACUAAAGCUAAAUGCUAGUCAAAGCUUUUGGCCACAUUUGUCAAACAGCAGGCGCUGAUUACCCUGCUGUUCUUCAGAUCUCAAGCUCUUCCAGAAGUGUGUUUUGUGAGUAUUAGUGAUAAGGUGGUAAUGUACUUAAUCUCAUUCAGAUUGUGCUGGAUUUGGAUUAUUUGUAACAUGUUAAAUGGUUAAAGGGAAGUAAGUAUUGUAGACCUAUUUGGAUGCAGACAGCAUCUGUUCUUUUUGUGCUUUAGUUCUGAUUUAAACUCAUUUAUAACGCCAUAUAUUACUUUCAAUAUACCGUAACUGUGUCUGCAGUCAAGCCAUGUUACAGAACAUCCUCAGUUAAAGGUAGGUAGCAUCUGAAAUACAUUUCCACAUAAAUAUAGAUCUGCUGUGUGAUACUGGACGCUGUAUAAAACCCAUUAAAUUUUAAGAGAGGUUGGCUCAGGCCAUUUGCUGAAAUCAAAAAGGGAAGACGGAACCGAAUUUUACUGCAUUUUAUUAUUUACAGAGAGCCAUUAUUGUGUUUGGUCACUCUGACUGAAUGUAUUGAAUGUAAAUAUGAUAUAUUUUUUUAGCUAAUAUAUUUUCUGCUGUUAUAACUUAGACCUUGACAUGUGAUGUAUGGUGUAGGCUAUGACCUGUUAAAUAUGUUCAAUUUAUACCUACGUCAACUAAAAUUACAUUUACUACUGUAACACUUUAA